CGGAUGGAAAAAUACUCUGCUUUUCGGGAUCCGGGGACUGGCAUCCAGCCAUUCCUUACGCCUGUCCCUCCAAUAGGCAAUGAUCUUCCUGUGAAGAUACUUCUCCCGGUCGGUUAUGUCUUCGGGGCCAUACGCGCAUUGGUACUGCUUGCCGUCAGCUUGGCGUCAUUCGUGCUGGUCCGCGUUGCACUUCUCGUCACCGUACCCGUGCCUGCGUUGCACAGGAUUUUGAGACGAAUUUUCGUGGCCAUCUUUGCACGGACGGCACUCUUCUUGUCCGGUAUAGUCUGGAUACCCGUCGAAAUCGCCCCCAGAAAGCGCACCAAGUUACAAUCGAAGGGUGGCUGGACACCCGCUGCGGGAGACAUUAUUGUCUCUAACUGGGUGUCGUGGUUAGAGGUCCUUUGGCUCGCGUUCAGGUUCGACCCGCAGUUCGUCCUCCCGAUUGCGGAUGCGCCUGUGGUGGCUGCAUCGAAAGAUGCUACACCGAUCACCUCAACGCCUGGCAGGCGCACUGGCACGGGAAGCGCCGCUAUAUCCUCAUCCUUCCGCGCGCCGACUCCCAAAGCGACCAUCCGUGGAUGGACUAGAGUAUCGCUCCUAACGAUGCUCCGCCAAACAGGCUUGACCCCGCCCUAUGCCUUACAGCAGAGCCCGCAUAUUCAUUCUCUGGACGAUAUCCGUCGAAGCUCUAACCGCCCCAUAGUGGUAUUUCCCGAGUGCACGACAAGCAACGGUCGCGGACUUCUUCGCUUCGCGGACGUGUUCAAGGACACCGUGACGGAGCUUCCAGUUCGCGGUUGGAAUGUAUGGGUUAUGUGUGUGAGAUAUGAUCCACCAACAGCGUUCCAUCCGACGCUGAGUCGUUCUAUACCUUCCAACACCACCCUCAACCCACUGCCGCACGUACUCUCGCUCGUGACUUCUCUAGUCCCUUUGACAUCAUCAAUACGACUCCUUCCAGCAUCAGAGUCGCCGAAUUCACGUUCUUUCUUGCAAAGCGAGGUGUUGCCUGGACGCGUUGACGACAAGCUCUCGGAAGCUUGCGCCGCGCUCAUCGCCCAGGUGGGCAAAAUGAAGCGCGUUGGUAUGGGGUGGGAGGACAAAGCUGCCUUCCUCGAACUGUAUAAUAGUAAACGCUAACUUUCAGCGCGCGCAAUGCC